AUGGAUGUUUACGGAGACUCCGGCGGCGGCAAGGCUGGUGAAAGGUUGAUGGCUGGGUUGGAUCCUAUUCCUACGGACGCCUUAGGUCUUCGGCCCAUAGUGUGGGUUGCAAGUGUGAUGGUACUUUCUAGUUUAUUGAUAGGAAUCAUCAAACGUAUCGAGCAUAAUGUCUAUGAUUUGGCUCCCAGGGAGAGAGAGUUAAUGAACCUUGUUCACAGUCAUUGCAGUUCGUCACUAAUCCUCGUCUUCCUUAUGAUUGCAACAAUGGCUGUCUUCAUCUUCAGUUACUCUUUCAUAAUGCUAACUGUUGCGAAACGGGAAAUGCAUCGUUACGCCACACUCAUAGAACAAAGGGAGAAAACUGAGCAGGCUGAGAGAAAGAGCAUGAGGAAAAGCGACGCAUUUGCUAAAGCAAGCCAUGACAUUCGCGCCGCGCUUGCUGGAAUUAUUAGUUGGAUCAACUUCUGUAAAGAAGAUAUUCAUGAUGCUCUUGAUCUUCAUGCCACAGAUGGUAGAAGCACCCGUCAUUCUGAAAUAGAGACGGUCUUGACAAAAAUAGAUUCUAACUUAAAAAGACUGGAUGUUCAUGCAGAAGAUCUUUUAGGUAUAUUGAACUCAGUUCUUGAUAAAAGCAAAAUUGAAGCAGGUAAGAUGGUACUUGAAAAUGAAGAAUUUGAUAUGGCUCAACUCCUUGAAGAGGUAGUGGAUUUGUUUCUUCCAACAGCAUCAAUGAAGGGAUUAGAUGUGGUAUUGGAUCCUUGUGAUGGAUCUGUUACGAAGUUUGCGCGUGUGAGAGGUGACAGGGGAAGGCUUAAGCAGAUACUAAACAACUUGCUAAGCAAUGCUGUUAAGUUUACUUCAGAAGGGCAAAUCACAGUUCGCGCUUGGGUUCGAAAACCAAGUUUCAAGAAGUCAAGAAGUGCUUCUCAUGAGCAGACUAGUAGCUUCUCAAAACAGCUCUUGUGCUUCUUUAAUUAUAAGAGCAGGAACAAAGAUGACAAGGAAGCAAUGGAUGGUUCUGAAAGGGAUCCAAAUUCUUUGGAAUUUGUUUUUGAGGUGGAUGAUACUGGUAGAGGAAUUCUCAAGGAGAGGCAAAAAUCUGUGUUCGAGGACUAUGUCCAAGUCAAAGAAAAAGCACUUGGAGAAGGUGGUACAGGCUUAGGACUUGGAAUUGUUCAAUCUCUGGUUCGUUUGAUGCAUGGAGAAAUAGGAAUUGUGGACAAGGAGAUUGGAGAAAACGGGACAUGCUUCAGGUUUAAUGUACUGCUAAGUACUAUUAAGGAUCCUACUAUUAAUGCCUGUGAGGAUUCCAUAAAAGCAGAAGCAGACAUUGAAAUGGGAGUUAGUGAUAAUCAAACACCAAUUGCAAGCCCCAAGGUGAACACUCGUGCUACCACCGCAAGUCCUAAGCUGGAGGGAUCCCAUGUUGUACUGCUGAUUAACAAUGCAGAGCGGAGGAGAGUUACACAGAAGUUCAUGGAGAAACUUGGGAUAAAAGUAUCGGUAGCAGAACGAUGGGAGCAACUUGCUCGUACUCUCCAGAAGAUAAAAAACAGGAAGGGACAUUCUCCACACAAUUCCAUAUCAGGAAUAUCUGACUUGGGUCUGCAGGAUUGCUUGAUCAAAUCUGCCUCAUGCAACGCCAAUUUCAGCUUCAAUAGAGCAAAGGAAGUGUCUCUGAUGAGUUCCAUGGAUGGAUCAACAGACAACAACAUACUGCCUCUCUUUCAUAAGAAGAGUAGCAGUAGUAAUCUUCGUGGAGCAUCUGAUCGCUUCGUGAUGCUACUUAUUGAUACUACAGCUGGACCACUCCCGGAACUAUACAAGAUUGUGAAUGAUUUCAAAAGAGGCCUCCAAAAUGGUUCGUACUGCAAGGUUGUUUGGUUAUCAAGUCCAUUUUCUCACAGCAAUUUAAGCAUCAACAGGGAUAUGUUGGAUAGCGACGAUGUUAUCAAACACAAGCCUCUGCACGGUACAUGUCUCUAUGAAGUUGUAAGGCUUCUACCAGAGUGUGGGGGUGCAUUGCCAAAAAGAUCAUCAGGUCAGGUUGCAUCAAAACUAGUUUCAACAGCUCCUAGUUCAUCAAGAAAUCCGUACAUUCAUACAGAUGAUGACAACUCCUCUGACCAAAUAGUACAAGAGAGUAAUUCACCAACUCCUCAACGCUAUCAGUCUCCUAAUAAUGUUGGCUCAAUAUCAGCAAGUGUAUCAGCCCCAACAGACCGUGACAUCAAACCUUUGACAGGGAAGAAAAUUUUGGUUGCAGAGGACAAAGCACAGUUACGAAUGGUGGCUAUGCGGGCUUUGUCACAAUUGGGUGCAACUGUGAAGCUUUGUGAAAAUGGAAGAGAAGCUUUGGAUGUAAUUCGCAAUGAUCUACUCAAUCAAAGGAAACAUGUUUAUGACUAUAUACUCAUGGACUGCCAGAUGCCAGAAAUGGAUGGUUGCGAAGCGACCAGGGAAAUAAGGAAAGAGGAGAAACUGUACAAUGUUCGCAUUCCAAUCAUUGCAUUAACAGCUCAUGAAAAAGGAGGAGAGGAAACAAGAAGGAUGAUGGAGGCUGGUAUGGACGAACAUUUAGAGAAAACCGCCAUAACGACUAGUCUAGUGGAAACACUUGCAAGGAUUGAUCAUAGUACUAAAGCAAAUAGAUGA